AUGGUGGUGGUGGAGACUUGUAGUAUACUUUUGGAGAAGGGGAAUAGUAUGGUAGAGGUGGUGAAUUGUAUAUGUAUGGUGGUGGUGGAGAUUUGUAGUCUACUUUUGGAGAAGGCGAGUAGUAUGAUGGAGGUGGAGAGCUGUAGACGUAUGGUGGUGGUGGAGACUUGUAGUCAACCUUGGGAGAAGGAGAGUAGUAUGGUGGAGGUGGGAAGCUGUAGACGUAUGGAAGUGGUGGAGACUUGUAGUCUACCUUAG